AUGACCACCACCCUCGUGUCCACCACCAUCUUCGACCUGAGCGAAGUUUUGUGCAAGAGUAACAAGAUGCUCAACUACAGUACCCCCAGUGCAGGGGGCUGCCUGCUGGACAGGAAGGCGGUGGGCACCCCAACCGGUGGGGGCUUCUCCCGGAGGCACUCGGUCACCCUGCCCAGCUCCAAGUUCCACCAGAACCAGCUUCUCAGCAGCCUCAAGGGUGAGCCGGCUCCAGCCCUGAGCUCGCGGGAUAGCCGCUUCCGCGACCGCUCUUUCUCGGAAGGGGGCGAGCGGCUGCUGCCCACCCAGAAGCAGCCGGGCGGCGGCCAGGUCAACUCCAGCCGCUACAAGACGGAGCUGUGCCGCCCCUUCGAGGAGAAUGGCGCCUGUAAGUACGGGGACAAGUGCCAGUUCGCGCAUGGCAUCCACGAGCUGCGGAGCCUGACCCGCCACCCCAAGUACAAGACGGAGCUGUGCCGCACCUUCCACACCAUCGGCUUCUGCCCCUACGGGCCCCGCUGCCACUUCAUCCACAACGCCGAGGAGCGCCGCGCCCUGGCGGGGGCCCGGGACCUCUCCGCCGACCGCCCCCGCCUCCAGCAUAGCUUUAGCUUUGCUGGGUUCCCCAGUGCCGCUGCCACCGCCGCUGCCACGGGGCUGCUGGACAGCCCCACGUCCAUCACCCCACCCCCCAUCCUGAGCGCCGACGACCUCCUGGCCUCACCCACCCUGCCUGACGGCUCCAAUAACCCCUUUGCCUUCUCCAGCCAGGAGCUGGCCAGCCUCUUUGCCCCUAGCAUGGGGCUGCCCGGGGGUGGCUCCCCGACCACCUUCCUUUUCCGGCCCAUGUCCGAGUCCCCCCACAUGUUUGACUCUCCCCCCAGCCCUCAGGAUUCUCUCUCGGACCAGGAGGGCUACCUGAGCAGCUCCAGCAGCAGCCACAGUGGCUCAGACUCCCCCACUUUGGACAACUCAAGACGCCUGCCCAUUUUCAGCAGACUUUCCAUCUCAGAUGACUAA